AUGACUGGUCCGACCAAUACUUCACUCGCACGCGUAAUUUUCCGCGAAAUCAUCCUCGCAUUCUAUAUUACCGACGGCACCUCUACCGAUCCGCCACCUCCUUCUCCAGAGCUCGCCAGAGAAUUAGAAGAGAAUGCGGGAACAUUGAUUAUCAUAAUGGGACUCGUCUUUUGCUUGUUCCUCGGUCUGGCCCUCGUCAUCGAAACUAUUGUCACACUGAUUUAUUCAACAUACGUGUAUGUGAUCCGCUGUGCUAAAGGUGAUGAGCUCAGAAAGAGAGAGGUGGUGAUGGAGUUGGACGUUAUCCGAACAGCCAGUACAUCUGAAGACAGGUUUGACGAGCAGGAGGUAGAAACUGAACUGUUUUAUGUCCGGAUCCCAGAAUUCGAAGAGCAGUGGCUCGUGCGUCAUAAACAAUGUACAUGUACAUCGUGA